GUCCACUACUAUGACAUUGCUACAGGCAGCCUUGACAUUCGUCCUAUUGGAAAGGUUUAUGGCAUAUCGAAUUUAUACCAGGAUGUCCGCAACACUGAAGAUGUCAACGAACUAGAGACAAAACUGGCUGACCUCGAACAUCAGGCAGCCUCCAUCAUCGAGGACUUGCAUAGAGCACUUCCUCAGGGUACUUUCACUCUGAAGCACAGAUCUUUAGAGCUCUUGCGGAAAUUCCUAUUUAUCAUGCAUUAUCGCAAUGUAUCAUGCUCCAGCCAAUACUUCCAAGCAGAUCACCUGGACAACGUAGGGGCCCGUCAGUGGAUUGAGUCUUUCAUGAAGGCAAAGGGCCUCCAAUCCGCUGUCGAGAUGUGGCUACAUGUCCUCAGAUAUUACCUCGAUACGUCUCAUUCAGACUACAUCGUGCGAGAUGCUGCAGAACUCAUAGAGAAGUAUGGUGAAGUCGGUCUUGUAAAAAUGAUCGCUGAAUUGCAUAUCCCACCUGAUCUCGAACACUAUCAAGCUGUCGCUUAUCACGGUCAGGCGAACAGUUACUUCUUUAGUAUCUGGGAAGCCGCAGAAGGGGAAGAGUUCAUCCUUAUGCAUAAUUCUUUCAGUUUGUGGGAAGGUUUGGCAGGUGGCUACCCUGGUCUGCACCGCAUAUUCGUGGUCAGCCCUCGCAUUGCUAUCGUCCUGCGCUGUGGGUUGCUGCGUUCACUCAAGAAUUCCUUGCUUAAUACGAAUCCAGCACCACCAACUUACGCCAGUGGGAAAGAUGGCAUAAUAAGCCACGCAGAUUUCCAAUCUGCCAGGUCACUUGAAUGCUACAGGUUGUCUGAUGAAGGAGGAAACAACGGGUUUGUAUUCAAAAUCACAAAGCUGUCCCGACCUCAAACAUUGGAGCUGAAUUCCGUUGUAUUAACCAACAUGAAGCAAACAGACUCUUUGACUUUCCUGUCAAGGGAGAGUAUGCUUUGCACUGCCCGUGCAUUCCGGAGUUUACCAAGUAACUUCCCAGAGAGUGACUUGGUCGUUCCGCUCAUUGCGCGUCUGACCACCAGUAUGAGGGCAGAUGUGUCAGCCCUUCACCCACUAUUUCACUCACCAGUUGCUGUCCCCAACAAGGAUUCCGAUGCACUUUCACUUGUUGAUGUAGUGCUCUAUGUGCUUCUCAUGCAGAUAAGCACGGGAUGCAGGCAGUUCCACUCUGUAUACAAUAGGGCACAUCUAGUGCUGAAAAUCAUGGAGAAAGCAAAGCCCAACUCAUUUGCAGACGAAAUCAGCCGAGAAAGCUACUACAGGUUAAUGGCUUGCAUAAUCCAAUGUCUUGACACAGUGAUGAGGUCUCCGCCAGAACCGUACUCUUUGCAACUGCGCAAUGCGCGGCUCGUCGUCAAAAUGCCAAAGGCUCAUUCAGACUUGCUUUUUUUGACUAUGAAGGAGUUCAUAAAGCUCAUGGGAUCCGAGCUGUCGCUGGGAGAGGACACUGGAUGCAUGACCAUCUCAAAACGGAUCGAGCAGAUGGUCAUUGUUGGUGUUCUUGCAUGGUUUGUAAAGCACAGGAGGAAUUCCUUGGACUUCAUUGUGUCUCAGUUUCUGCCUGACAUGAAUUUCAAGUUGCUUGAAGAUGAAGAAGGUACUGGGACUGCCUGA